AUGUUAGGUUAUAAAAGGUUUAAAGCUGACAAAACGCUGCCUCUCCUGGCGGCCGCAGUGCUGCUCCUGGCGGCGGCGCCGUGCACUGCCCGCCGCGUGCGCGUGCGGCCGACGCAGCGCCAGCCGGCCGAGGAGGAGCCGUCGGCGCCCGCCGCCGACCAGGAGCCCAACCCGCAGCAGAUCCGCUACUACGCGGCGCAGCCGGCCGACGCCGACGACGCGCAGCAGGGCGGCGUCGUGCUGGUGUCGAGCGACGCCUACAACGGCCUCUACGGCCGGCCGACGGCGCGCGCGCAGACGGACGUGUCCGAGGCGCAGCUGCGCUCGGCGCUCGCCUCCUCGCGCGCGUACAGCGCCGCCGCCGCGCAGGUGGCUGCGCGCCCGCGCGUCAAAGAAACGGCCAAGCAACCGCCCGUGCAGACCAUCCGCAACUACAGCAAAGUCAACGACGACGGCUCCUUCACCUUCGGCUACGAAGCGGCUGACGGGAGUUUCAAGGAAGAAACUCGCGGCACAGACUGCGUCGUGCGCGGCAAGUACGGCUACAUCGACCCCGACGGCAACAAGCGCGAGUUCACGUACGUGUCGGGCAACCCGUGCGACCCCAACGCCGUGCACGAGGAGGAAGAGGAGGAGGACCAG